AUGUUAUUCCUUUCAAAACACUUCUCAACCAAAUACCUGCCGUUAUUCUGCGUUCUUUCCAAACAUCGUCUCCAAUCUUGUGAUACCGUGCUCAGCCGUGGAAUCGAGGCAAGAUGGCAGCCUCUCGGCCUGGCUGUGCCAACAACCCUGAGUGCAAGAAUUAUGGAAAAGCAGGAUGCACAAACUGCCUUCUCGUUGGUCGCGGCCUGCCAGAAGAACCACUGGAAACUCCAUAGAACUGACUGCAGAUCCGAAUUGAACAAAUCGACAUGGAUGCCUGCCUGGGUUGAAGAAAAGAGAUCACCAAAGCUUCAACCCGCAUUCGGGCCCAAUAAAGAUUUCAUGGGGGACAUGCCUGCCUUUGAUUUGCUUAAGCUUGAUGACAACGAAGGAAGAGGCUAUGAUAAACACUUGCGUCUCUUGUUUGCCGCAUCCGGAGACCUUCGUAACGUGGUGAAGACAGUCGUGGAACUUCCCAACGAAUUCAACGGCACUCUGGAAAUUACCAUCAACGACAAUGACAACGACAUAGUCUGCCGAAAUGUCCUUCUGCUCCUCAUUGCUCUGGAUGCCGGGGAGGACGACGAGGUAAUCGAAUGCAUGAUCCAUAUGUGGUACUCAGCAUUCGUCCGCGAGUCCGACAUUCGAGUCCUCAAUCGAUUCCGCCCCCUGAUCGAGGAAGUCUGCGACGAUUAUUUGUUGUCUGGAUGCGGGCACUCCGCUGGAAGAGAGUGGACUUUUGGGAAGUGCGGUCUUAUGCCUAUCUUGAAGAAAGAGUCUUGGGAACGUCUUUUGUCGUUCCUGGAUGCACCUUUUGGAUACACACCCACUCUUGCCCACAAAGCGAGGACGCUGGCUACGAAGGUAAAGUCGCGCAAGGACUGCCGUGAGAGAUUCCUGUACAACCAGCCCCCUGCCCACAGAGUGGCGCAUGAGAAGUUCUGCGACGAUGGAAUGCUUCUCCCUUUUGCGGCCUCGCGCGAGGGAUUCUGCAUCCCUAACCCGACCUUUUACCAGCAUUGGGCACAGUGGCCUAUGAAGGACGAUGCAAGCCCCAUGGCUGGAUGGCCUUCCGAAGAAGUGUUUGCGACAUACACUGGCCCUGCAACGGCAGACGUAUACGGAAAGCUGUACUUCUACCUGCGCAGAAUGUUCAAGACUUUCCGUGACCGGCUUCGAUCCUCAAAGAUCCUCAUCGAGCUCCCGGAGCAGUGCGCCGCGCCUCUUCCCACAAUAUUCGAAGACAGCUGCUUUGAUCGGAUCGAUAUCUCCAACCUCGCGGAUGCUGGCUUGUUUGGCAUCAAGCGCACCCUCAGUCUCAUGGUCCCUCUGUUGAGACAACCCUCCGAGAACCCCCACGCCACACUCGUUACCUUGUUCAUGGGCGCUGUGGGCCGCACAGUUAACGAGUCCGACAGAGAACGUGAGAUUGGAUCAAAAAGCGAAGGAUGGAGACGUCUGAGGCAGUACAUGCCUGAUUUCAAGCACCAUGUGCUCACUCUAUCGCACCCUGAAUGCGGGAGGCUCAAUGCAGCGAUGCAGCUCGUGGCAAACCACGACAUCGUGUUUGACCGGUACAUGGAGAACCACAACUUCACCGAGGCUGCUGAGUCCGUCGGCGCCACGGUGAAGAAAGAUCAUACUAUUAUCGAGAAAUGGCCUUUCAAGGUGAAGCUCCGGCCUGGUCAGCCUGGGGCACAGGAGGAGUUUGACCGUCUCCUGAGAGAUAGAUGUCUCGGCCAGGAAUGCUUUGUCGAAUGGAAGAGAGUUGACAAAAACGCGACUGACAAGACUGAGAAGACUGACAAGAUUGACAGGGCUCCUCGUAUGCCGAAAAUUGGUAAAUUGGCCAUUUGA